AUGUCUCAGACUCAGAGCCUUCGUAUUGUCUUUGCCGCCGAUGAGGCUGGCCAGCCCUACAAGGAGACCCUCAAGGAGGUCCUUGGAAAGAACCCCAAUGUCAGCGAGAUCCUCGAUGUCGGCGUCAACUCGACAUCUGACAAGACUGCAUACCCUCACCCUGCCGUCGAGGGAGCCAAGCUCAUCAGAGACGGCAAGGCUGACCGUGGUCUCUUCAUCUGCGGCACUGGUCUGGGUGUUGCCAUCUCCGCCAACAAAGUCCCUGGCAUCCGCGCCGUCACAGCCCACGAUUCCUUCUCUGUCGAGCGUGCCAUUUUGAGCAACGACGCUCAGGUACUCUGUUUCGGCCAGCGCGUUAUUGGUCUCGAGCUAGCAAAGCGUCUCGCGAACGAGUGGGUGACCUACAAAUUCGACCCCAACAGCUCUUCUGCCCCCAAAGUCCAGGUCAUCAAGGACUAUGAGGCCCAGUUCGCUCAAUAG